AGACAGUGUACAUUUUGCACGUCAUUUGUUGUGGCCAUUUUGAUAUUCCUGACUCACCAAAAAAGGUUUAAGGUGUAAAAUAGGUUUAGGUUUUUGAUGAAGAGUAACACGUUGAAAUAUACGUCUUCAUCUCUGUGCUUCUAAUUCUAAUAUACGAAAAUCAGCUUACAAGGACAACCCUCUUUUGUAGAGUGAUUAGUUUGAAGUAUAUAAGGAAGUAUAUGUCCGCCUUGGCCUUAUCGAACUUUUUAUAUCUCUUGUUUUAAGGGACAAGAUGAUUGAGUUAACAGUUAAGACUUUGGAUUCUCAAAACCACCAAUUCACAGUUGAGGAUGACAUUACAGUACAGCAGUUUAAAGUCAAGAUAGCAGAAACUGUGAACAUUCCUGCUGAGACUCAGCGUAUAAUUUACUGUGGCAGAGUUUUGCAAGACAACUCAAAAUUAGCUGAUUAUGAUGUCAACGGCAAAGUUGUACAUUUGGUUCAAAGACCUCCACCUGGAACUACUCCAAGAUCAAAUAGUCGCUCAACUUCUCCACAACCUCAAAGGAGAGGUUUCAGAGGAUUCAGAAAUUUGGAGCAAGGAAAUGCAAUGUACUUAGGUUCAGUUGCUUUUCCAGGAAACUUUAUGGAAUCCCAAGGAAUUGUACCACCUCCUCCAACAUCCAGUUUGUCACGUAGUCGUUUAAAUGUUGCAAGAAGAAUGCUAAGAAGAGCUGAAACACUCAUACGGUUGUUAGAAGAAAAUCCAUCUGGCAGGCCACAAGAACAACCUUCAGAAGAAAAUCAAGAAGAAGAUGAAGAAGUUACUCCAGUUAUAGAAGCAAGAGUUAUUGUUCCAAACAGUGUCGAACCUAUCGAUGACGUAAUAAGUGCAGUUCAAGACACGUUAAUGAAUGCUGCAAACAACGGAGGAAAUAGUGCUCCCUUCGAACAAACUGCUGACGACACUGCAGCAACGCCUAGCACCUCAGAAGCAACAGCAACAGGUGCUUCUCCAAGAUCUUCUUCUACUGAGAAUUUGACUUCUGAUGCCAGACCCACGGGUAGUAGCCGAUUACCAGAAAACUCCUCCAGAAUUGGAGAACUGAGUGAACUUCUGACUAUGUUGACACAGAUACAAAGUAGAUUCGUUCCCUUUUUGGAAAGAUACCAGCAGUUCAUUAGGGAUGACCCAGAAGUUACAGGAGACGACGUAAGAGCAACUCAGAACAUGCUGAAUAGAGUUUCAGAAGUGAUGCAUUUACUAGGCCACGCCUAUCAUUCACUCAGUGAUUUAAUUAUAAGAGUACGGACUCCGCGUCCAAGGCCUUUAUUGUGUCGUCCCAUUCUCAUACAACACUCAGCCGUACUACAAACUGGCAUUCCUAUACAAGUUGAGGCACAGAUUAAUUUGACAGCUGAACGCAACUCUUCAUCAAACGCAGACCCUUCGGCACCUCCGGAACCACCGACGUACACUCUUCAUGCCACACCUGUCAGUGUACCAAAUGCCAGACCGAUACAAGUUCAACCAGGUAUGGUAGGCAUGCCAUUUAUGCCCAACGCAGGUACGAGACUCCAGUCAAUUCCCGUUGAAGUUCGAACUUCAACAACUCAACCUAGAUCUCAGAAUAGCACAUCCGACAGUACCGCAGCACCUACUUUCGAACUUACCUACCUACGUGCUUUCACUGGCAAUGAAACUCCCAGCUCUACGGCUUCUUCGGAUACCGGUACUGGUACAGGUACAACAGCUAAUAAUACAGAAGGCCAACAAGGUGCCGGUCACAACUUUAACAAUCCAAAUGUAGAGUUCUUCAUGGAAGUGACUCCAGAAGGUAUUACAAUUGAUUCUUUGGAGACAGCGCUUGUUGGUUCUAAUCAGGCAAAUGAUUUACUUAGAGGAGCGUUAAACGGACCCCCUCCAGAAUUGUGGAACUCUCUUCUGCAAAUGGCAGGUCAGAUAAGGGAUCGCCAUAGAGCAGCAACUAGUACACCAAGUACCGCGGCUACAACAUCUUCAGAAUCAAGUCAAGCGCAGUCUGGAGCUGGACAAGGAACAACCCCUAACAGCGGGCAGAAUUCUCAAGCACGUGGAAGUACUCAAACAAACCCGACCACUUCUACUCAUACCAGAUCCACUUCACGGCCACACGUUCAUUUGGCCCAACAGGCCAUGCAAGGUAUACGUGGUUUCGAUCCAUUCCUACCAUGCAGUUCACACCAUAUUGCAAGACGUAGAGUGAACAUUGAUCAUCUUCCUCCACCCGCAACAAGUCAAACUACUGCUGCACCAAAUGAACCCAAUACAACAAAUACUCGUCCCAGAACACCAUGGGAGCAAGCCAAUGAUGAAAUAUAUCCUGAUUUUCUGUCUUUAGCUAACGCAGUUCAUUCUUUUAGAAACAGGGCGUCAGAAAGAAGAGGUCCUGAAAAUGAAGCGGGUACCUCCACGAGUUCUCCGUCGAGUGUUCCAAAUGGUGAUAGCAUAGGAUCCUUUGAUUUACCUCAGAUAUCUUCAAUAUUUUCAUUGACUGACUUGAAUGGUUUGGACACAUCAAACGCCCGUAAUCGACGUCAGGAAUCAACUUUAGAAGAACUCAUUCAUCAAUUUCAACAUGACCCGUACGUCCCAGGAGAAAACCUUCUUGUUGACUUAAUAAUGCUCCUUGUGAGAAACCUUACACUCGUAGAUAUAUUGUCACUAUACGGUGGCAGUGUGGAACCGAUAAACAGAAAUGUUGGCGUGCUCAAAGCAUUCUUCCGGACUAGAAUUUGUGAGUCAGAUACUACACCGCUCGGUAUUGAUAGAGGCAUCGAUAGGAUUAUAAGGGAAUUGCAACCAUUCUUAGAAAAUUUCAGAAGCUUGCCGGCUCAAAACAAUAUAGACAUGGUUAGAUCGGCGGAACAGUUAUUCAGACAGAGACUACCAAAUAUAAUUUAUAUUGGAAUUAAUUUAAACAGUGGCGCCACACGUUUGUUAAUGGACCAGUGCAUAACGACAGCAAAACAGCUUCUAGCUUUAACACUUCUCGCCAGUUCAACAGGUCGGAACGGAGUUGAACAAGUCUAUGAGGAAAUAAUGGCUUAUUUUAUGAGAGAUGUUCCCCAACAUGUGCAAAAUUGGACACUAAUGACGAGUCGUGUUCGUUUACGGCAAAUAUUGUCAAAUCUGAAUAUACCAGAGAGUGUCUUACAGCCGUACAUCGUUCACAGACCUAUGACUCCGAUUUUGGAACCUAUGGUAGAAAACGAAACGGAAGUAGAGUCCAUGGAAGUAGACGCUCAAGAGAGUAGAACUGAAAAUAAUCCGUCGGUUAUAAUUCCUGAUCCUGAACCCUUGCCGAAUGUAGUAAUAGGAUCUGAACCUUGGCAUAAUCAAGUACCAGAGGAUUGGGUACCAAUAAUCACUAGAGAUGCCCAGAAACAAAGGAGGCAGAAUCCUCAAGGACCCUUUAGUGACGCCUAUCUCUCCGGUAUGCCAAGCAAAAGACGAAAAAUUGUCAAUGGUUCCAAACCACACGGAAAUCUCCCUCACGUUAUCACAGAGAGUGUAAGACAAGCUGUAUCUUCGAGUGGUCUUUCCUCAGCAGCACCUUUGGAUGUAGUAGUUCAAGCAGCAGGCGCCUCAACAGAACUUCAAAAUGCUUACAGAAAUUUACUGCGCUCGACUGUUCAGACAAAUCUCAAAGAUAAUGAAGACUUCCUACCGGAUAAAUACCCCAACGUUUCAAAUUAUUUUAAUAAUAGUGGAUCACAGUGAUGACUAAAUAUACACAUAUAUUAUUGGUUAUAACUUUUGUUUAUUUAAAAUUAAAUUAAUAGAUAAAUGUA